AUGGCUGAGGAGAACGGCUUAGCAGGCAAUCCAACGGCACCGGCCGAUGGUUAUUCCCAGCCCGCCGAAGAGGAGGGCGAAGCAACCUCUAACGAGCUCCGCCACCACAAACGAAAGAAACAUUUGUUGUAUGGCGUAGCCUUUGCCAUUUUCCUAGCUGGAAUCUUCGUACUCUUCUCAAUAACAUUUACGAGAAUCCGAAAUCCCCAAAUCCGGCUUCAAUCGGCCUCGUUUAGUUCUAUUUCUUUUCAAUAUCCAGAUAAUGUAACCAGCAGCCCUUCGUUCAAUGUGUCAAUGAACGCUGUGCUGGGGAUCAAGAACACCAAUUUCGGCCCAUACAAAUACGAUAGCACUACCGUGUAUGUCUACGACACUGGUAUUCAAGUGGGGAGCGCAACUAUCCCGAAAUCGAAAGCUAGUUCCCGGUCUACUAAAAAGAUCAACGUCCCGGUAAUCCUGGCCUCGCCUACCAAUUUAUCGGCGUCUUCCAUAAUUGGACAUGAGAUAAAUGCCGGGUUAAUUUUUUUAACCAUCCAAUCCGAAUUGAAUGGAAAAGUGGAGCUAAUGUUUGGGUUAAAAAAGAAGAAAACUAUAUACCUGGAUUGCUCCGCGCUCUACGUUAUGUUUAAUGUGGGGCUCCAGACUGUCAUAUGCUCUUGA